UGUCUAUUUGGAGAAAUGGAGUCAAGGCUGGUCAUGGGUGUCUUUCUCCUAGCGGUGCUCCUUCUGGAUAUACAAUGCAAUCCUCUAUCAUCGGGUUUGGAUCCAAUGUAUGACGAUGGUUACACUGAAGUUGGACCUUCUGAAGCUCCAGGAUGGAAUCCCAUGUAUGAAGCUAGUUUCACUGAAGACGGAACUUUUGAAGCUCCAGGUUUCUAUGAGCCUGAAUUGCAGAUGGACCCUGGAUAUGAGUCUGGACAUGGAGGCCAGGACACUAGCUAUGAGUCUGGACAUGGAGGCCAGGACACUAGCUAUGAGUCUGGACAUGGAGGCCAGGACACUAGCUAUGAGUCUGGACAUGGAGGCCAGGACACUAGCUAUGAGUCUGGACAUGGAGGCCAGGACACUAGCUAUGAGUCUGGACAUGGAGGCCAGGACACUAGCUAUGAGUCUGGACAUGGAGGCCAGGACACUAGCUAUGAGUCUGGACCUGGAGGCCAGGACCCUGCUGCUGUGGAGAGCCAGCAUUUCACACCCACAUCUCCUCAAGACAUCCUCUCGGUUAUCUCUCCCAGUGUCCUCUCUGGGGAAGACACUGGGCCAUCCACCAGUCACAUGAGCCAUCCCAAACCUUCACCUGGUUCGCAGUUCAUCCCAGGAGAACUGCUCCGCAUCGAGAGCACGAUGGAGGAUGGUGCCUACGAGUCAGAGACCCAGGAAAAGGGUGCAAAAGAUGCUCAGGAUGCAAUGGUCAACACCAGGCCACCUCAACCAAAAGCCACCGUGCCCAUGGGCUCUUCCGAGCAGCCGUUCCCUUAUGACUUGCUGUUCCUCACGGGCCAGUACGCGCGAGGAACGUACCCUGACUUCACCAAAAGUGUGGAGCGUGGCAGAGACGACUGGCAGGUGAACCACUACCGCAGAUAUGAUCAUGCAGAGGACCAGCGGGUCCAGUCCUUCCCCAGUGCCUCUGAUAAGAGCUUUCUGACACCCAGUAUGGAAGCUCAGAAAGAGUCUAAAGCAGCAGAUGUGUUAUGGCCAAGGUCUAAAGGGAGAUCCAUGAUGUCUUACUAUUGGUAGCAUUGAGUACAAGAGCUAUGGUCUUCCUCCCCAAGAUGCAACGGUGUCAACGGAACGGAAUUCCUUCAUGGUUAACUUAAUACAAAUAAAAUGUACCUCAAUGGUUUUGUUUUCCAGA